GAAGAAGAGCAUCUGCAAAGGCAGAAACCGGAGCAGGAGGCGCCGCGCCUGGAGCAGGAGCGGAGGCGCGAGCAGCAGCUGAGGCGCGAGCAGGAGGAGAGACUCGAGCAGGAGCAGAGGCAGGAGAGACGUGAGCAGGAGGAGAGACGUGAGCAGCAGAAGAGACGUGAGCAGGAGGAGAGGCGGGAGCAGCAGCUGAGGCGCCAGGAGCCGCGCUUCGAGCAGGAGGAGAGGCGGGAGCAGGAGCUGAGGCGCGAGCAGGAGGAGAGGCUCGAGCUGGAGCUGAGGCAGGAGAGACGUGAGCAGGAGGUGAGGCGCGAGCAGGAGGUGAGGCGCGAGCAGGAGCUGAGGCGCGAGCAGGAGAGACGUGAGCAGGAGGUGAGGCGCCGCGAGCAGCUCUUGGAGCAGGAACUGAGGCGGGAGCAGCAGCUGAGGCGCGAGCAGGAAGAGAGACUCGAGCAGGAGUUGAGGCAGGAGAGACGUGAGCAGGAGGAGAGGCGCGAGCAGCAGCUGAGACGUGAGCAGGAGCGGAGGCGCGAGCAGGAGAGACGUGAGCAGGAGCGGAGGCGCCAGGAGCCGCGCUUCGAGCAGGAGGAGAGGCGGGAGCAGCAGCUGAGGCGCGAGCAGGAGGAGAGACGUGAGCAGGAGGAGAGGCUCGAGCAG